CAAAAUUAAGAGAAUUAUUUACCAUAAUCCUCAUAUUUUGCCAACCAUCUGAUCCCUUGCAGCUAUGGAACAAAUUUCGGGAAGAUUUGUGUCAAGAUAUAUUAUACAGAAUGCGUAAUGAGACCCAGGAUAUGACAUUAGCAUAUAGUGAUGACAUAUACAAUGAUGGACUUAUCAUAAUUGAAGAUAAGAUUCAUGAGAUUUGUGAUAAAUCAUUAACUGAUUUUGGGCUUCCUGCAACAAAAAGGAAUAACACACACCAUAAUUUGGAUCCUUUAGAAAUAGCAUUGCGGAAGCCAUACGAUGUAAAUGAAUUAAAUGAGUAUAUUACUGUAAAUGAACCUAAGUUAGUUAAUGACCAGGUGAUGGCAUACAAUAGUGUUAUGCACAGUGUUCGUUUCAAUGAGGGAAAAAUAUUUUUUUUUGGAUGCUCCAGGCGGAACCGGCAAAACUUUCAUUACUAAUUUGAUAUUAGCAAAAGUAAGGUCUCAGGGAAAACUAGCUUUGGCAGUAGCGUCAUCAGGAAUCGCUGCAACUUUAUUAGCUGGUGGACGCACAGCUCAUUCCACUUUUAAACUGCCCCUAACCGUUUCGUUACAGAAAGAUAGCGUGUGCUCUAUUCGUAAAAAUGGCCCUUUAGGAAAAGUUUUGCAAGACGUCUCUUUAAUAAUCUGGGAUGAAUGUACCAUGAUUCAUAGAGCUCACGUAGAGGCUCUAGAUAGGACUCUUAGAGAUAUUAGAAGCUGUGAUAAAAUCAUGGGUGGGAUUACUGUCAUGUUUGCUGGGGAUUUUCGGCAAACUUUACCAGUAGUAGUAAGAGGAACUAGAGCAGACAUUGUAAAAUCUUGCCUCAAAAGUUCUCCAUUAUGGAAAUUUGUUCAUACCUUAAAUCUAUCUACGAACAUGAGAGCACAUUUGGGGGGAGGUAGUACAAAUUUUCCUUUGAAGUUACUUUUAAUUGGAGACGGAAAAGUACCUCAUUUUGAAAAUAAAAUACCUAUUGAUCAAGAUUUAGGAGAAAAAGUGACUAGCAUUGAGAGUUUAAUAUCAAAAGUUUACCCAGAUAUCGUCGAAAUAGAAAAUAAAGAUUAUCAAUGGAUGUGUCAACGAGCAAUAUUGGCGGCGAGAAACAGUAGUGUUGACGAAAUUAACGAUUUAAUUUUAACUAAACUUCCAGGGGAUAUAGUCACCUACACUUCUAUUGAUAAUGUAAUGGAUCAAGAAGAUGCAGUCCAUUAUCCACAGGAAUUUCUUAAUUCUUUAAACCCGAGUGGCCUCCCCCCACAUUCUCUCAAGUUAAAAAUUGGUGCCCCAAUUAUUUUACUUAGAAAUCUUAAGCCACCAAAUUUAUGUAACGGGACUCGACUUCAGGUUAAAUUUCUUCGCAAUAACGUGAUCGUUGCAACAGUUUUGACUGGUCCAGCGGUUGGUCAAACAGUACUUAUACCUCGGAUCCCAAUGAUUCCAAAUGAUUUGCCUUUUCAUUUUAAAAGAGUCCAAUUCCCAAUUAAAUUAUCUUUUGCCGUAACGAUAAAUAAAUCACAGGGGCAAACAUUUAAAUAUGUAGGAUUAGAUUUACGGCAAGACUGUUUUUCGCACGGCCAACUAUAUGUCGCGUUGUCAAGAUCAGGUUGCGGAAACAAUCAAUAUAUUCUUCUGCCACAAGAAAAUAAAACGAAAAAUAUAAUUUACUCAGAAGUACUUUAAAAUAAUAUUUUAACCCGGUUUAAAGUAGACGGACACUCCCGCCUGUAGUCGUAAUUCUUAUGUGUCUGGCUGAAUGUCGAACAGACAGACAGCUAUUGCCUGCGACUUAUACAAUUUAACUUAAUCUAUAUUUUUCUUAAUAUUAUAAAGCUGAAAAGUUUGGUUGUUUGUUAUGAACGCGGUAAUCUCGGGAAAUACUGAUCUGAUAUGAAAACUGUUUAAAUAUUCAAUAGUCCAUUUAUUGAGGGAGGCUAUAAUAUAGGCAAUAUUUUAUCUCGGUAUUUCCACGGAAACGAGAAAAACGCGGGUGAAACCGCGGGGCACAGCUAGUAAUCUAAUAAAUCAAUAAUAAAUCUUUUUCUAAAAAUUACCACUCACUAAAUACGAUAGUCGAUGGGACACCAUUAAAUAUCUUAUCAUUUCUAUUUCAUUACACAGCUGUUUGCAGUAUACUUCCAUAAACUACUUGGAAUACGUUUAUUUUUCG